AGGAGCCUGGAGUUAAAAACUGAAUAUCAUAUCGACGAGGCUUGUUUGAUUCAUCAGUGAUCUGUUGAGUCAGUAAAAUUAAAAACAGAUAUUGAAGAUGUCAGAAAGGAACUCAGGUCAGGCUGGAACUGGAGCAGGAAAUGAGGUGGACUCUCCUACUAUCAAUUUCAAGUACUCCAACUUCAGAGAUUUUUGUUCCAUAUCUUCAUCUCAAGAUAGUGGCUACAGUGAGUUGUUAAAAUCUUGCAGCUUUGAUAAUACAGAUAAGGAAUUUCUUGGAAAGAUGGAAAAAUGUUCAACAUUAAACUGUGAACAUCCUGAAACUUCAAGUCUGGGCUUAACACAGCCUUUAGAGACUCCUACUAAAAAAAAGAGAUUUGUAUUCCCUAGGAAAGAAAUGGAUAAAACCCCAGAACUUUUUGAAACUCCUAAACUCAGUGGAAAAAGACGUUUACUGCGCAGAAGGCUGGAUGUAUCUUUCUCUCUUUUAAAGGGAGACUUUGAAUCACAAAAUAGUUCUGUAGAAAGUAAUAUAAGCCAAGUUCUCAACCUAGCAAAAAACAUUACAAGCAGUGCUUCAUGUUUGUCAAGGCAAAAUACUUUUAAUACUUUAGUUACUAGCACUUUGAAAACAGAAGAAGUGACUUCCAGCAGUCAAAAAUUGAGACUUAAUUUUUCUCAACAGAAGACGUCCACAGUUGAUGACUCCAAAGAUGACUGUAGCCUGUUUGAAGUUGAAUGUAUAUCUCCAAUUCAAGGCAAUGAUUUUAAAGACUCUAUCACCCUUAACUUUAGUGAUAGUAGUCUAUGUGUUAAUGAUGAGAAUACAUAUCCUGAACUUCUGGGCCCCUCUGAUAGUGGAACAACUUGUGAAACAGAUGAGGACAUAUUUGUGACUCCAAUAAGUAACCUUGUAGCAAACAUUAAAUUUAAGGCAAGUCAAAGGCUUUCUCCUUCAACUGAAGUGAGAGCCAAUAUUUCAACCCCUGAAGACAGUGGUUUUAACUCACUUUGCUUGGAUAAAUCAGAAGAUUCCCUCUCUGACCAGGAGAGUUUGUUUCAAGAACUACUUCAGAAACAUAAGGGAACUCUCAAAGUGAGGGACACCAUAAGGUCAAGACGUCUUGGAAGGUUGAGAAGACUGUCCACCCUUCGGGAGCAAGGCUCACAAUCUGAGACAGAAGAGGAAAACCAGAUUUUCCACUCUGACUCUGAAACAACACCAGCAGCUAUUUCAGACAUCUCAGAGAGUCAGCCCAGCAGCAACAGUUCAAGUGGGGAUUUGAUUUCAGGCUUUAAGAAUUUAUCAAACACUCCAGCCUUACAAUUAGUGCAUGAGCUCUUUAUGAAAAACAAAAGGAAAAGAUUCCACCAAACUGGUGCAUGUGAAUUCUUAGAAGAAAGGGACGAGGGGAAAAUAGCUGUACUACAGUGUGUACUGGCAGGACUGAUUGGCAAGAAAAUGGGUAUAGAGAAACUGGACAUCUUAACUGAAUUAAAAUAUAGAAAUUUAAAGCAUAUUCUUGCAGUUGUUUUAGAUUCCUUGACUACAGAAAGCCUAUGCAGUGUUUGGAAAGUGAGCAGAGAUUGGCGUGAAAUUAUUGUACAAGAUAAAAAAGCAAAUGAGAGGAGAAAAUUUUAUAUCACACAACUAAAAACAUAUUCUGAGUGUUUCUCUGUACAGGUCCGAUUCAUCUCCUAUUAUCCAUCAGAACUGGAAAUCUCCUCUCUGUAAGUCCAAACAUACCAGCAGGCCGUAUUAAGUGUUCAGGAUGCUGCUACUCGGCUGCACCUUUUAAAUCGAUCAGCUUUAAGAUCUGUACAAGCUCAGGCUAGAACACCAAGUUCUCAGAAAGAACCAGUCUUAACAUUUUCUCCUUGGGGAGAACUUUUGACACCUAUAGCAAGUUCUUCAGUUACUCACUCACGUAGUAAACAAGAAGAAUAUGUUAAGGAAGAUUCUUUGGCAACAGAUAAUUUACUUGUGGACUACUUUAAUGAAUUUCUAAGCCUUCCCCCUAAUUAG